UUACUUCAAUUACAAAUCUAAAAGGGGAGGAAUGUAAUAGAGUGAAUUGUUGCCCCCCAGUGGUAAAAUACAGAAGUGCCUGUUACAGGGCUAGUUCUUGGUUGACCAAUAUAUAACAACAAAAAAGGGUAGUUUUCUGCACCGCUAAGAAACAACAAGUUAGUGUGUGAUGUCCUGCUGUUCAAUAAAGGCACCUAUCCACGUCCUUCUGUCCUGAUCCUUUUAAGAGCCUAAUCCAGAAUAUCACAACUGGCGACAAGGAUUCUAAAGAUUUCCACAGCGUGACAGAGGCUGUAGGAGGGCUGUGUUCACAUGUAAAGAAAAAGACAAACCAAGACGUUUUCUUCACGGCUGCAGCGGAACAGCUUUUGGUGAGCUAACAUGGCGAUGCAUGUGGGUCGUGUUGAAGAGUAUAAUGAAUUGAAGGAAGAUUUUGAGUCAUAUUUGGAGCGGUUGGAGCAAUGGAUGUUGGCAAAUGAUGUUUCCGAUGAGAAGAAAGUGUGCAUGUUUCUCUCUGUGAUCGGAGCAGAUACAUACAGGCUGCUAAAGAAUCUUGUGUCUUCGAGGGUACCGAGUACCAUGGGAUAUGCAGCGCUGACUGGGGCGUUAAGUGCGCAUUAUAAGCCGACUCCAGUGGUGAUAGCUGAGCGUUUUCGUUUUCAGAAACGUAACCAGAAAGAAGGGGAGGCAGUUUCUGACUAUGUUGUCGCCCUGAGGCAGUUGUCAGCCACAUGUGAUUUUGGACAAUAUUUGGAUGAGGCCCUGAGGGAUCGUUUUGUUAGUGGGCUGCGUUCUGAUGCUGUGCAGCGCAAGCUACUAUCGGAAAAGGAUCUUACAUUUCCACGUGCAUGUGAGAUUGCCGUAUCCAUGGAACUCGCUUCGAAAAAUACGAUGGAGUUCUCAGGACGCCAGGACCCUCACCACGUAAAUGCCUUGACAAAUGCUCCAAAUUUUUUCAACAAAGGAUGGAAAGGACAGAACAGGCAAGAGGGCAAUAACAAGCCAAAGAACUGGAAGGGACCUAAAAAAGACACAGGAAUGAAGCAACCAUGUUAUCGUUGUGGUGGAAAGCAUUCAGCACGUGAGUGCAAAUUUAAGAGUGAAAAGUGUCAUGUUUGUGCAAAAAUAGGACACAUUGCACGUGCUUGCAGGAAUAAAAAAUUCAGUCAGCAAACUCAGUAUUUGGAAACUGAGGAUGAAUGCUCAAGUAGGAAUGAUGAAGCUGAACUUUUUGGAGUUUAUUCAAUGUACUCCAUCACCUCCAGUGAGAAGGGAUACACAGUGGAUGUUGCGCUUGGGAGCAAGAACACCACCAUGCUGCUGGAUACAGGAUCAGCAGUGUCGGUAGUAUCAGACAAGUAUUAUCAGAUGCAUCUCACUCAUUUCCCUAUAAAACCAGCCAGUGGGCUAAAGCUCAAGUCCUACUCAGGCCAACACAUUGCUGUGCGUGGAUAUAUUAUGUUACCAGUACAGUAUGGGACUCAAAACAUCACCCUACCACUGAUCGUUGUUCAGGGAGACAGACCAGCUCUGAUUGGACGAAACUGGUUAAAGAAACUACAGCUGAACUGGAAACAGAUUUUCACAGUACACAAGGUACUGGUGCAGAAAGAAGCAAAGCCAGGAGUACUAGAAGUGAUUCAGCGCCAUCAGGCAGUGUUUUCGGAUGACCAAGGCUGCAUAAAGGGAUUUAAAGCUAGAAUCCACACUAAACCAAACACCACACCAAUUUUCUGUAAAGCUCGCCCAGUUCCUUAUGCACUAAGAAGCUGA